GCCAGCCUCACGUCCCACCCUGCGCGAAGAAACGGCGCAAACAACUUCCCGAGCGGAGAACUGCUCAGCAAGCGGAAGGAAGGAGCCAUUGCCCAACACAGCAGCAGCAGCUGAAGGCUCUCUCGGGCUGGGGAACUAGACAUGGGCCAAGCUCUAAGCAUCAAAAAAUGUGAUUUGAAGAUCACAACCAACAACAGUAACCACCACACAGAAGAGAUCAGCACUGAAAGGCUGAUGCUGAGGAGGGGGCAGCCAUUCACCAUCACUGUGCACUUCUCAUCUCCAGUAGACAGCUACCUGCAGCAGCUGAAGAGGGCCUCCCUCACAGUACAGACAGGGCCACAUCCUUCCAAGGCAGACGGAACCCAGGCUGAGUUCCCCAUCUCCAGCCUGGCAGAGCCGCAGCAGUGGAGCGCGGAGCUGGAAGAACAGGACCCAUGGUUCUGGACCAUCUCUGUGAACACUCCUGCCAGAGCUCCCAUCGGCCACUACACUCUGACCCUGCGUGCCCCCAGGGCCGACUGUCACCUGGGCAGCUUCACCCUCCUCUUUAACCCCUGGUGCCAAGGUGAUGAGGUGUUCCUGGCCAACGAGGCACAGCGGCAGGAGUAUGUCUUAAAUCAAGAGGGAGUCAUCUACUGGGGGACUGAAAAUGCAGUCCUGGCACAGCCCUGGGACUUCAGCCAGCUGGAGAAGGACAUUGUUGACAUCUGCUUCACACUGCUGGACGUGGGCGAACGGCGCCGGCGGGACAAGGGCAGUGCCCAGCGCCAGAGCCCCGUUGCUGUCUGCCGCACAGUGGCUGCCAUGCUGAACUGGGAUGAGUUUAGAGGAACCCUGGCAGAAGUGGGACGGGGCCGUGCUGCGCUGGGCCCCCCCCCCGCCGCCUGGCUGGGCAGCAGAGCCGUCCUGCAGCGGUGGUUGGCAGCGCAGUGGAAGCCAGUGGGCUCCGGGCAGUGCUGGCUGCUCGCCGCGGUCCUGUGCUCAGUGCUGAGGUGCCUGGGAAUUCCCACCAGGGUGGUCACAGGCUUCACCUGGGCUCACGACACCAACAGCAGCCUGAGCGUGGAUGAGUACUACAGCGAGGACGGGACAAUGCUCACACGAGACAGCAGCGCCCGAGUCUGGAGCUUCCACGUCUGGAACGAGUGCUGGAUGGCUCGAGCAGACUUGUCACCAGAGUACAGUGGGUGGCAGGCUCUGGAUGCCACCUGCCAGGUAAAAGACAAAGGUCGCUCCUUCUGCGGGCCAGCCCCUGUUAGAGCCAUCAAGGGAGGGGACACAGAAGUCGACUAUGACGUUUGCAACUUCUUUGCUGCCAUCAAUGCCAAGUGCCAGGUCUGGAUACAAAAAGCAGAUGACACCCUCAGGCCAGCUCUUGGUGGCACAAAGUACACUGGCAACAACAUCAGCACCAAGGGUGUGGGCAGCGAACGCUGUGAGGAUGUCACUCACCACUACAAGCACCCUGAAGGUUCUCUUCAGGAGAAAGAAGUACUUGACAAAGCCUACAGAAAGAUAAAGCAACUUGAGACAAGCAGCAGCCAAGCAGAGUUUAGCCUCAUGCCCCCUGCCCACGAGGAUCCAGUUAACCUUUCCAUCCAGCUCCAGUCCAAGAGCUGCCUGCUGCUGGGGCAAGACAUUCCCCUCUCCAUCGCAGUGUCUAACCACAGUGGUGCCGAGAAGGUUGCUCACCUGGUGCUGAGGGCCCAGUCGCUGCACUACACGGGGGUGCCCAUUGCCCAGCUCUGGAAGGAGGAGUUCCACUUCACCCUCAGAAACAACGAAGCCAGCAGCCUGCAGGUCUCUGUGCCUUACUCACUGUACAGAGGAGAGCUGGGGGAGAACAAGCUGCUGAGGCUGACUGCCGUGCUGAGAGAUGAGGACUCCUCCAUGUACCUUGCCCAGGAAGAGAUCAGCGUUUCCGAGUCCCCUCUCAGCAUCGAGUUUCCAGAAGCCAUGGUCCAGUACCAGCCAAGCACAGCAAAGAUCAGCCUGCUGAACCCCCUCACCGAGCCCCUGGAGCAGUGUGUGGUGGCAGUCACGGGCAGGGGACUCAUCCACAGACAGAGGAAGUACAGGCUGGGCUCUGUGCAGCCCCACAGCACUCACCAGCUGCAGAUCCUCUUCACUCCAACCCGAGUGGGCCCCAGGAGGCUCACAGCACAUCUCACCUGCCGCCAGCUCCACAACCUCAACAGCUACAAGACCGUCGACAUCGCAGCUGCCUGAUGCCCAGCCUGGAGCAGUCCUGCUGCCUGCUCAGAGUGGAGGUGAUCUGUGCCCUCAGCUCCAGUUUGAUUAAAGUUAUGUUUAAAGCA